AUGUCGACAGGCCCGCACACCGGCGCAAAGCGCCUCAGGGAAAUGCUUAAAGACCCAAACAAGAUCGUAGUGUGUCCGGGUGUAUACGAUGGACUUACUUCCCGCAUUGCUAUCUCGCAAGGUUUCGAUGCUCUCUAUAUGACAGGCUCCGGUACCUCCAUGUCUCGGCUUGGUUGGGCGGACUUGGGAAUGGCAACGCUUACUGAUAUGACGGCUAAUGCUGAGAUGAUUGCGAAUUUGGACACUUCCGUUCCUCUCAUCGCCGACGCGGAUACUGGUUAUGGUGGGCCCAUUAUGGUGUCUCGAACCGUUGCAAAUUAUGCCCGUGCUGGGGUGGCAGCUCUUCAUAUAGAAGAUCAGAUCCAUGAGAAGAGGUGUGGGUUCUUGAAGGGUAAAGCAGUCGUCGAACGGGAAGUAUGGUAUAGUCGCCUCCGUGCCGCCAUCAAUGCGAGAGAGAAGAUGCAGUCUGAUAUCGUUAUCAUCGGACGGACAGAUUCGAGGCAGAACCUUGGGUUCGACGAAGCUAUUGAGCGGUUGAAAGAGGCCAAGGAGAUUGGCGUCGACGUGGUUAUUCUGGAAGCCAUUCAAUCAAAAGAGGAAUGCAAGAAAGUCUGUGAGAUUAUGGGAGACAUGCCAGUUCUUUUCAACAUGGUGCCUGGAGCCGGACCAUUUGAUCUGACAGUCGAAGAGGCGAAAGCUUUAGGUUUCCGGCUGAUUAUUUUCCCCGGCGUCUGCUCCUCAAAGGUGUUGGAUGGUGUUAAUCAAAGCUUGGCCUUACUGAAGUCGAGCGGCAAAGAAGAAGCAUAUAAUGGUGGGGGUGUGCAGAAAUUGUUCAAGACAUGUGGUUUGGACGAUUGCGUAGAAAUUGAUAGAAUGGCUGGGGGGAAGGCCUAUGAAAAGGUGCACCAGGUGUGA